AUGACAACUAAAUUUAUUGUAAAACUAAUAGAUGGUGGAUCAAAGAAAAACAAUGAGAAGGAAACUAAAAAGGAAUCUUCAUCAUCGGAUGAUCAAUCAGCCAAGUGGAAUGUAUUAUUAAAGAUGAGAAACUCUAUUCAAAAGCAAAAAAAGAAGCAAUCUAGCCUACUUUUAUCUAAUACUUUAAAAACACAAUUCGCACCAAGUCCGAAGACAAAUGACUCAGACAAUGCAUCUUGUAUUUCAUUAGACUUUGCAAGCUCAACUAUAGAGGGUAAUAUUCAAUCCAUUCUAGCAUCACAUAUUGCACAACUUAAAGUUGAAUAUUUGAGAUGGAAAAGUUCACAAAAAUCAUUAUCCGAAGCUACUCUUCCAAUUGACAAAACAACCAAUUCUAACAUGUUCUUAUCAUGUCCUAUAGAAAAUAAUUAUUCGAAUGUUGGAGAAGUUGAUAUGCUCAUGGGAGCAACAUUUAGAAAAGAGCAAGAUACAACCGAACCAGAGAAAAAGAAAAGUCGAGCAUUAUUUGAUGACAAAUCAGAUCAAUCUCUUAGUCCUGAGGCAUUCAAAAAAUUAGUGGAAUCAAACAAAUCAAAAGCUCACGUUCUUAUACAGGAUGAAGCAGCAGGAAAAACAAAGUUCAUAUUAGAUUCUCUUCUUUCUGGAGAUUCAUAUUUACUCUACUUUGAUUUUGCUAUAGACAUGAGAGAAUUUGAAAGAAGACAUCAAUCUGUGAGUGGUAAUUUUUAUGUUGGAAAUAAGUUUAGUGCUUCUAGCCCAAAAGGAUCAAAAAGUUUAAUUGGAAAAGCAGGAUUUAAACAUUAUCCAAAAGCACAAAAUUUAGUACAUGAAACAUUCUACGAGAAUUUACUUCAAAAGUUUGGAUCUGCCACCAAGAGUGGUAAAGAGAAACCAAUGUACAUGAAUCCGACUGAGCAUUGCAAAAAUUUCUAUAUUGUUAGGAGAAGCUUUUUACUCUUAAUAUAUGUGCACAUGUUUGAUCUGUUGGCAUAUUUACAGAUGAAGAAAGAUCGUAAGAAAUUACUUGAAUCAAGCCCAACUACUCCAACAGAAUCCACUAACACGAGAAGAAGUACAAGGCAAAAAAAACCAGAAGAAAAUUUAUCUAAAGAAGAUUUGGAAGAACAAGGUGAUGCAUCUCCAAUGGAUUAUUAUCUUUUUAGAAAGUUUGAAAAUACUUCACUUUCUAAAAUUUAUACAACUAUUCUAUCUAAUGUUAAUACCAAGUUUACAUCACAACAAUUUUGCCAAUAUUUGACUGAUUAUCUUAUUGGACACUCACAAAAGAGUGAAAGUGUAAAUAUUAAUCUAGUAUUUGAUCAAAUUCAAGAAUUGGUGGAUCACUCUAAGUUUUUGUAUAUAUACAAGUCACGUUUCGAUCAUGAUGGAUGUCAAACGCAAGUACCUGAGGCAUCUUAUUAUUCACAUAAUGUUUUCUCAAAUAUUUUCGGUAAUAGUUCUGGAAAUGGAAGCGAGUUAUUGAGUGGAAACGGAUCAUCUAGUUAUCAGCCAAUCAUUGAACCAGUAAUGGAUGCUAUUCAAUAUUUUUCGAAACAUGCAGAGGAGGGAGUUUCUAGAGUUUUAAUAGGAAGAACAUUUACAGAGACAGCUGGAACAGAGGUUGAAACUUCAACAUCUUCAAGACCAAGAAGAUCUACAACACUUCCAAAAGUCUAUCUCAAGGAGAAAAUUUCAUUACUUCGAAAAUUACCUCUGAAGCAGUAUGAGCUUACCAUUGUACCUGAUAUCUAUAAUUAUAGUGAAAAUGUUGAAAAUAUCAAGAAGGUAUUUUCAUAUUAUUUCCCAUUAGUAGAUAUUUCUGAGCUGAUUGAAAAUAGUUUUGAAAAAUUAUUAACGGAAGAAUGUACACCAACAUUUAACAAUCAUAUUCUUUUUGAUACAAUAAUCUCUGGUCUGUUGAAGGAUAAAUUUACCAAGUUGAACUCUAAGAAAGCAAGUGACCUGGAUCCAGAGCAAGAAUGGCUUUCUAACGCACUCUCAAAUAUUCUUUUCAUGACCUAUCCAACAAUAUUUUCACAGAAUGUACAACCUGAAAAAAAGAGAAAGAGAGCAGCAAAGAAAGAGGCUCCAGUUGACUUUGAAAAUCUAGAACUUCCUGAUGAAGAUGAGGAAGAGUAUCAAACAGAAGAAGAGGAGGAAAAAAAGCCAAAGAAAUCUCCAAAAAAGAAGAGUACUCCUAAGAAAGAAACUAAGAAAAAGAAAGCAACACCAAAAAAAGAAAAGAAGGUGGAAAAAAAGGAGAAGGAAGAAAUUAAGGAAGAGCAAAUGGCAGAGAAAAAAGAAGAGCCUUCCACACCUGUAAAGGAAGAAACUGAAAGCAAAGAAGAACCAAAAGAGGAACCUUCCACUCCAAAAUCUAAAUCAAAGACCAAGAAAAGUCCAGGAAGAGGAAAAAAGAAAUCAACACCAAAAAAGACUAAGUAA